GCGGACGAACACGUGGGAAAGGCAGGGCACGUAAACGUCCAUUUUUAAACGUUGUUUAGCCUUUGAAAAUUCAGGCAAGUACAUUUAUAGAGAUUGAUUCAGUUUUUUUUUUUUAAAUAUAAGUUUCAGUGGUAUAAUGGAAAAUAAUGGCGAGCGAUUCGUGGAGGACCAAUAUAUAAUAAAAGAAAAUGACUUCGUGGUUUUGCAACGUGGUGAUGUUUAUAAAGCUGUGCAAAUCCUAAAGAAAAGGAAGAUCAUUUUCGAAAAGCAGUGGUUUUUCCUUGACAACGCCAUUGGGGAGCUGUACGGGACCACGUUUGAUGUGGUGUCGGGCGGAUCGCUGCACCCCCGGAGGGCGAAACGGGCAGAGGAGCCUGCAGAAGUCAAGGAAGCAGGCAUGGAUAACAGGAACAUUGUUGAUGAUGGGAAGUCGCAGAAGCUCACAAGAGAGGAUAUCGAGACCUUAAAGGAACAAGGCUUGAAGGGGCAGGAAAUUGUGCAGCAGCUUGUAGAGAACAGUACGACAUUCAGGGAUAAAACGGAGUUUGCACAGGAGAAAUACAUCAAGAAGAAGAAAAGGAAGUACGAAAGUGCCCUAACCAUACUGAAGCCUUCUGCUCGCAUCAUGGCCCUGAUGUACUACGGCAGGGAACCUGGAAAAAUAUGCUACCUGCGAUACGACACGCUGGCCCAGAUGCUGUCCCUGGGGAACGUCCACGCCGGCAGCAAGGUCCUUGUGUUUGAGACGUGUGCGGGCCUGGUGCUGGGGGCAGUCAUGGAGAGAAUGGGAGGCUACGGUUCCGUGAUCCAGAUGUACCCCGGGGGGGGACCGACUCGCGCGGCCACCGACAGCUUCGGCUUCCCAACGCGGUUCCAGCAGACGCUGCACGAGUUCCCGCUGUGUAAAGUAAACGCCCUGCUGGCCGGGACGCUCUCGCUGGACGAAGAGGCGAAAGGUGCUGGGGGGGAACCCAGCAGUCAGUCCGAUGCAGCGUUGGGGGACCGGGAAGAGGGCAGAGCUGAGGACAUGGAGACCAGUGCCGCAGGACCUGAGAACGAGAACAAGGAGAAGGAGAGAGCCAAGGAGAGUAAGGCCCAGGAGAAGAAGACCAAAAUGGAGGAGAAGAGGAAGAAACUGAGUGCUGCUGCCGCCCUGCUGGAAGGGAGGAAUGCCGACGGGCUGCUGAUCGCCAGCCGGUUCCAGCCCUGCCCUGUCCUGCUCAGCCUCCUGAAGCUCAUCGCCCCCUCCAGGCCCUUCGUUGUUUACUGCCAGUACAGAGAGCCGUUGAUUGAGUGCUACAGCAAACUGCGGGAGCUGGGGGGAGUGAUAAACCUCAGGCUGUCGGAGACCUGGCUCAGGCACUACCAGGUGCUACCCAACAGAACACACCCAGUGCUGCUGAUGAGCGGGGCCGGAGGGUACCUUCUGAGCGGGACCACCAUCGAAUGCGACCCACCUGCCGCAUCGUGCAGCCAGAGACCCGACGAGCCGACCGCAAAGAGGAGGAAGCUUCACGCCUCCGAGGGUUGAUGUUUCGUUUCGUUUUAUUUCGUGAGAGAGUAUUUAUUAUUAUUUUGGUUCUUAAGUGAAAGCUCCCUCGUCUGCCUUCUCCAUGGAAACAGCAUUUGGAAACCGUACUCUGAUCAUUCCGUUUAAAGUCGUUACGGUUUGAAACGUGGUUUGAAAUGAGUGCUGAGCAGUGAGGGAUUCGCUGUAACGACGCUGCUUCUGAGAGCUGGAUUCACCUGCAGACCUCGGCCGUGACUUUUACCUUCUUUUCCAAAGCUUAGAAUUUGUUUUGGUCCCAGAACAAUGAAUUUUAUUUAAUGCAAGAAAAACAGAUUAGGUUAAGAACACAGUUAUGUCACUAAAUUGUCAUGCCAGUUUUUUUUCUUUUGUUUUUAAACCCAUUAAAAUUGUACACAAAACAGCCUGA